AUGGUUAGAACUGACGUCGAUUGGAAGUACACAACAGAACCGGCAAACGAUUCAGGUCUCAGCACCGUUAGUGGCACAUACUGGCCAAGAGGGAAAAUGCUGGGCGGCUCCAGUGCUCUAAAUGGAAUGAUGUACAUUCGUGGUAACCGAGAUGAUUACGAUGAGUGGGAGCGUUUGGGUAACCCUGGUUGGGGUUGGAAUGAUGUUUUGAAAUACUUCAUCAAAUCCGAGGACAACGGAAAUCUAGAGGUUAUCGGUAGUUACGGUGGAAAAUAUCAUGGUGUAGGGGGAUAUCAGAGCGUAGAGUACUAUGGCGAGCCGACCGUGUUCAACGAUAUACUUAAGCAGGCGUCAAUGGAGGCAGGAUUUAAGCAACUGUUAGAUUUUAACGGAGAAGAGCAUAUUGGAUAUGGAAGGGCCCAGCGAACUGUUGAAGGGGCUACGCGUUGCAGUACUGCAAAAGGUUUUCUAAAUCCCAUACAAAAUCGGAAAAAUUUACACAUCAUAAAAAACGCAUUCGUAACGUCUCUCUAUUUUGAAUCCGGAACUGUAGUGAGAGGUGUAAAUAUGAUUAUAAAUAAUCAGUACAUUUUGAGGGCAAUAGCAUCAAAAGAGGUUAUUUUGUCUGCAGGUACAGUUAAUACUCCUCAUAUAUUAAUGUUAUCGGGAAUAGGCAGACAAGAAGACCUAGAACCAUUUGGCAUACCAGUGCGAGUUGAACUAGAUGUUGGUAAGAACCUUCAAGAUCACGUGUUCGUGCCGGUACUUUUUGGUAUAGGAAAACCCCUCACUGAUAUAACAGAAAUCAGACGUGAAACUCUUGUAAAACUAUUUGACUACACUUUACGUAACAGAAGCGCAUACAUCGACGAUAGAUUGUGCGAUAUCAUGGGAUUUGUGAACACGAAGGAUAGCAAAGCCCAAUUCCCGAAUACACAAUUUAUGUAUCUUUUCAUCCCUAGAGAAGAUUUUGAUACUUUAGAUUUUUUUUCCGGAAUGGGGUUCAAUAACAAUGUGUUGAAUUCGAUUAGGGAACUAAUUCGAAAGCAAGACAUCAGUGCUACUUGGGUGACGAACAUCGAUCCCAAAUCGCGUGGUCGUAUUCGGAUUAAGUCAUCGAACCCGUUCCAUCACCCAUCGAUUACUACCGGUUACUUUAGCAAUAGAGAGGAUUUAAUCACCAUUCGUGAAGGCAUCCGAAUUCAACAGCAUUUAUUCAACACGGCAGCUUUCGGAAGAGUUCAAGCCCGUUUGUUGAAUAUUGAUAUCCCGGAAUGUAAAACUUGGGAGUACGAUUCGGAUGACUUCUGGGACUGCUACAUACAACACAUGAGCACAACUUUAUACCAUCCCGUUGGUACCGCUAAAAUGGGACCAUGGAGCGAUCCAGAAGCGGUGGUCGACCCGGAUUUGAAAGUCUAUGGGAUCGAAAGAUUGCGAAUCGUAGAUGCCAGCGUAAUGCCAACCGUUACCAGUGGCAAUACGAAUGCUCCUACUGUAAUGAUAGCCGAGAAGGCAUCAGAUAUCAUAAAGAAAACUUAUUUGUAAUGGAGGGAAAGUUACUUGAAAUCGUUUGGUUCACUGUGUAUAUAUGUAACUAUGUAAUAAAUAAAGUAUACAACGUUGGUCUCUUUCUAUUUUAUAUAUUUAUUCUACUAAGUAAUUUAUUUCUUAAAAGAUCAAGGUUAAAUUUAGACAGCUAAAUACUAAUACUGUAUUUGGACAAGAAAAAUAAAUCUAUAAAUUUUAAUUCGUAUCUUAUUGGAAUGAAUAUCACAUUUAAAUAGCAUAACUGUAGCACUUAAACUGUCAGAAUGAUUAUUGACUAGACAUUACUGUUCAAGGUAAUAUCAACAAAGACUCAAUUAUAUCAUUGAAAUAAAUACAAAAGAAAAUUGAUUUGCGUAUUGUAGAGGUAAACUAUUAACUUCAAAUGUAGUUCGACAAAAAACUAACACAAAACGAAUACAACGUAAUUUUUAACUUUUUGUAAAAUCUGUAUAUCAAAAAGCUUUGUGCUGUCCCAAAUGUUUUGUACCCGU